AUGCCGGGGCACAACUUCAGUUUCCGAGAGGAACAAGAACUGAAGCUGAUCAAGAAGGCUGAGGCGUAUGCGAGCCUACGGGCAUGUGAGCGGAGCUUGGCCAAAGAUCCGUUAUGGAAGGAAACGUACAUGGCCAAAUGGAUGAUAUGGUUCCAACGCGCUCCAUUUGAAACCACACCAACACCAUUGUCCUGGGCUGUGCAGAAAAACAACACGAUCUACCCAUGGCUAGACUUGCAGCUACGCACGAUCAUAGAGACGGGUCUCCUGCAGAAGUGGGGAGCGCAGGUCCUACAGAACCGAUUCGCAGCGUGCUCCGAGCCGGACGCGGCGUCGGUCGCUUCCAGGCAGAUCAGCUUGCGACAGAUGCUGCCGGUCUUCGUGAUGCUGUUCGCGGGCGUCGCCGCCGGCCUACUGCUCCUCCUAGCGGAGAUUGUCGGCAAGCAGCUGAAACAUAGACGCGCGCAGACGAACGUCUCGUCGCUGCCGAAAGCUUGGUGACCGCCUAUCGCAGGUGACCGCCUAUCACAGGUGACCGCUUAUCACAGGUUGCCGCCUAUCAUAGGUGACCGGCUAUCGCAGCACACACGCACACACGCCCGCACGUCCGCACACACACACACACACACACACA